AAAAGGUCUUGUGUAAAUUUAUAAAGGAAGGAGAAUAUAGUAGUAACUUUGACCUUUUGUCAUCUUUUUUACCUUUCAACUGUUGGAGGACAGGGAAAAAGAAAAGAAAAAUAUCAGAGAGACAACGGUAGGUAAGUGCUUGUAAUUGGGACAAAAUGAUUGCUAAAUGGUAGUAACUUUAAUUAUCUACAAUGCUGCUUUUGGGCUCCGCAAUCUCCUGUAACUCACAUUUCUCACUCCUUUAGAGUUUCCUUAUCUCCUCCUCCUGUUCUCCUUCCCUUUAGCCCCCUACUAGUUCUUGAAGAGAAAGAAAAGGAGAAACCCAGAAUCCAGGAAAGACAGAGACAGAGAGUUUGAAAGAGAAUUGGAAGGAUGGCAUUUGCAGGAACAACCCAGAAAUGCAUGGCCUGCGACAAGACAGUGUAUCUGGUCGAUAAGCUCACUGCGGAUAACCGUAUCUACCAUAAAGCCUGCUUUCGAUGCCACCACUGCAAAGGAACCCUCAAGCUAAGCAACUACAAUUCCUUCGAGGGAGUACUCUAUUGCAGGCCACACUUUGAUCAGCUCUUUAAAAGAACUGGCAGUCUUGACAAAAGCUUUGAAGGGACACCAAAAAUUGUAAAACCAGAGAGGCCUCUUGAUUGUGAGAAACCGGCGGUGGCUAAAGUAACAAGUAUGUUUGGUGGAACUAGAGAUAAAUGCUUUGGCUGCAAGAAUACUGUCUAUCCUACUGAGAAGGUUACUGUGAAUGGAACUCCUUACCACAAAAGCUGUUUCAAGUGUACCCAUGGAGGGUGUGUGAUCAGCCCAUCUAACUACAUUGCACAUGAGGGUCGACUCUACUGCAAGCACCACCAUACCCAACUCAUCAAGGAAAAGGGAAACUUGAGCCAGCUUGAGGGUGACCAUGAAAAGGAAGGCAUAAAUGACAAUGUGACUGUCAGAGAAGUUGCUGCAGAAACAUGAUAUGCAGAAUAAAAAUGAUUCUAUGGUACCGCAGAUCAAUCACUAUUCUCUACAUCGUCCAUGUUGCCGUUGUUUUCAUACCUUACCAGGCAUUUUUCCCUGCAGUCCAAACGCAUUUUGCUUGCAUAACAGAUGGAAGACUAAAUUUAUGGUUGAAGCUUGUGGGUUCAUUUGUUUGUUUUGGGUUUUUGUUGUGAGUUUGUGGAUGCUCAGAUGAGAAGCCAAAACCUAUUUGGUUAUUUCCCCUUCCCUACGCCCUACUGAAAGACCUAAUUGGUUUAUUUGUGAACUUAUAUGGUGUUACUACUGAUGUUUAAUAAAUGUUGAGAAUUCCCUCUGUUAUUCCGUGACA